AUGGGCAGACGACGAAAUGUGAAGCGAAGUUUACCGUAUAAGGAAGUUGUGUCUUUCGAAAGUUCUUCGACUUUUUCAAAAAGAAGAAUUACGCUAACAACGCCUGAUGUUGUUCAACCGGUUGAAGGAAGUGGCAGCAAAGAUGAUGAUUUCAUAGAGGAACAUGCAAUGCAACCGCUCGCAAUGGAUAUAAUUGAUGGAAAUGAGGGUGAUGAUGAGGAUGAUUCUGAGGAUGACCAAGCUGAAGUCAGUUGUUACAAGAAAAGACAACAACGCGCAGCUCAAGGCUGCCUAGGCUGGGAGCAGUCAUUGAAUCUGAGUGGAUUGCAGAUGGUUCCCUGUGCACUGAAUGCCGAACAGCUAAUGCAAUGUUUCGUUGUCUAA